ACUUCUUCUCACCGAAUUCAUGCUGCAUACCGGCCACCAUGCUUUGAAUUACGCCAGAUAUGGCAGGAUACCCGGUACAGCAUCUGAACAACUGCGAGAGAUCAGAGGCUGCAUCUCCUUCCCGCUCGAAUUGCGACGCCUGUCGUACUGCCACAGCUUUUUACUGUAUCUUCCUGACCGAUCGCUGAUAAGAUGAGAUCUCCCACGAGCAUGCCCGGCAGUUCUUUUUGCUGGGCAGCCGCCGUCCAGGGCCACGACUGAAGAGUUAUAUAAAGGGCGACAUAUAAUGCACCUCUUCCGUCAACUUCCUAUUGAGACCAAAUUACUUUACCACUAUCCCGGCGCAACACCACUCAAGGACAGAACCAAACAAAAUGCCCAGCACGCCGCUCACCUUCUUCCUGGCUCUGUGUUUCUUUAGCAUUUCGCCCUUUUUCGGACCGCUUUUCAUCCUGGCCAGUACAGAUGAGUGCGAGAGCGCAUGUACUGAAUGGUCGCGGACGGUGCAUUAUUGCAGGUGGGAAUAUAAUGAUAGAUUCACUGGCGAUCAAGACGACUAUGACAUCGCCAACAAGUUCGUCUCUUGUCUCUGCUAUGGCAAACAAGCAGAGGGUAUUGAGCUCGGAAAAGACCUUAUAUCAGAGUACGUGGGAGUCUGCGAGAGCUGCACAGACACGCCGGACAUUGUGAAAGAAGACCUGCAGGGUAUGCUCACGGUCUGCACUGUGCAAGCUCAGAAUGGAACGGCGGAUCUGGCUUCAUAUUAUAGGCCGCAGGUGUAUCACACAAACAUCACCGAGCCGGUAGUAGCCUACUACUAGAAUUAUUAUGGCUGCUCGGUAAUCAUCUUGGACAUCAUCAUACUCCUUUCAUCAGAGACGGUGCGCCGCGCCCAUAUCAGGUCACGGAGGUCAUGUCAUGCAGGUAUUGAGCCUGACGGACAAUAUUUGUAGAGUCACAAUCUGUAGAAGAUCUUGCGCUUAUAUGAAUCAUAAUAUAUCCAAGG